AUGCAAGAGCUGGGCUCUCACUCCCACUCUGCCAUGUCCUUGUCAGGAAAAGCUGCCAUUGCCCCCUCCUGCCUCUCCUUCGAGUGCUUCGACACCCUGACCAAGUCGUGCAUCAAGUGCUCCGACCUGUUCAAGGACAACACAAGUAAGGGGACAAGGGGCAGCUGCACAGAGCCUACCCUGGCACCCACCCUGACCAGCACCUUCCUGACCUUCGGAGUCCCGGUGGUGGUGGGGUUCAUCCUGGUUCUGGCUGCCCUCUGUGGCUUCCUGGCCUGCAAGAUGGGAAAGUGGAGGAGAACAAGGAAGACAGCAGAUGAAGAGGACAAAGAAAACACAGACAUCGCCUGCCCUCUGCCCAGCCAGGACCCUGCCAUGCCAGAGGGAGAUGGUGCCCUGAGCCCAACUCCAUGCCUGUAUCUUGAUGAGAGCCUGAAGAUGCCAGGACCACCCAGGAAAGCCAGGGCAAAGCAGAGGCCAUGCUGCCAGGGCAGUGCUGAUGGUGACAUUGUUCUGCUCUCCACCGUGUACCCCCGGCCUGAGGAAUGCAACCACAGCUUCCCACUGCCUGCCACUGAGCUGGGGGCCACAGCCCUGGUCACCACCAAAACCACGCAGAACUGUGCCAGAGAGGAGAGAGUCUGAGGGCAAGGGGAAUGGAACUGGAGUGCUCUGGCCAACCCCUGUGGACACUGACAGCCUGUUCCUAGGACAAGCAAAGCCUUCCAUGGGUAUGAGCUCUGUGAGAACCAGGCUUUGCCUUUAGCAAGAUCAGCCUUUUAAGAUGACUGUCCUUUUUGUGCUGAGUCCCAAGUUACACCUGUAAAUGCUGGAGGAAGCCAAAGGGGAU